UGUUUUGUUCUGUUCGUCCGCUAGAGGGCGAUAGUGUUUUGAUAGGUUCCGAAAACAGAGCGAGCAGUCUACUCUUCUCCCUGCUCUCGUUUAUGUAGUUGAUGUUGUCAGGGGUACAGUCAACAGUAAACCCAUCUACAUGAAAUAUGGAUUAUCCCAUUGCAAGUUCAGUCCUUUCGGAUAUUUAACACGGUCAUAGAUAGUGUUGCCUUUUAUUGUAUCCAAAGGAAAACAACCUGUCGUCGUGUCUGAAGAAGGCAGGCUCACUCGCUUAGCUAACCUACUGUACUUGCAUGCUAGCUAAGCUAACGUUAUAUGGGUGAAAUGAAUGUUAGUAGCUAGCUACAUAGUUAGCCAUCUUUGCAUGUAUGAUGCUGUUGUCAGCUAUCGUUAGCUAACGCUAGCACACAGUGGCAGAACAGCCAGCAUAUGUACAUCUCCACGAAUAUCCUGCCAGACAUUUAGCUAGUCAUGGAUUAUAGCAAUCGACAUAUCCAUUCAGAAAUGGAUGAUGAAUCUCAGGAAAGCAUGGACGCGUGUGGCGACUCAUCACCGUAUGUGCCCCCACACCUCCCUCCAAUGCCCGGCCGAGAGCGGCUUCAGAUUCAGAAGAGCAGUGUCUGCUCCCGGGCUUACUUCGUGGUGGUCAUGGUCUUCUUCCACGUUUACAUCAUAAACAUCAUUGGGCUGUUGUUCUACGUACACUACAAUAACAGUCCGGCGGAUAUUGUCAGCGCCGACGGGGACGCAUCGGCAUCUAGCAGCGGGGUUGACAGCCGCAUGUCCCCGUCAGACCCACCUCAGCAAGACCCUGACCUGGAUGUCCGUCAGAGCUUCAGUCUACCACGCAUCGAGGGGAUACGGGUGGGUCAUGUCCAGAGGGUGUCACUCAAGCCUGACAGCAUCCAGGAAAUGAAGACUCUCAGCCUCAAGCCUCUGCUCUUUGAGAUUCCUGGCUUCCUGUCUGAGGAGGAGUGUGGUGUGGUGGUGCAGCUGGCCCAGCUGAAGGGUCUGAUGGAGAGCCAGGCCACAGUGCCACCAGAAAACCAGGAGGAGGAACUGCAGCCACUGCUCUCCCUCAGCCCCGAGGAGACCUUCAGCCUGCUAGACCUGGACCAAGACGGACUACUGCAGAGACAGGAAAUCUUGAGCCACUCUCGUUCACGGGACGGGACCUGGCUGAGCCCAGAGAACUUACGACAGAUACUCACCGGCCAGGAGGCCAGCCCAGCAGGUGUGUUAACUCUAGAGGAGUUCAGGCAUGUGUGUGACGGCAUGUCCCAGCAUCCCUUGCAGCAGCGAGGCGGAACAAGGCGGGGCCAACCGAAAAGGAAGAGCCGACACACCUGGCUGUAUCAGGGACCAGGAUCACACCACAUACUACACGCACUGAGGAACAGGGUGACCCAUCUAGCGCGUCUGCCCUCCCCAUUGGUUGAGCUGAGCGAGCCGCUGCAGGUGAUUCGCUACGAGCAGGGAGGCUUCAGCCACGCCCACCACGACAGUAGCCCCUCCCAUCCAGAGACCACCUGCUCACACACACGCCUGGCCGGAAACACUUCGGCACACACUGAGAUCUCCUGCAGGUACAUCACUGUGUUCCUCUACCUGAACUCUGUGGAGGGAGGUGGAGAGACCACUUUCCCUGUGGCAGACAAUCGCACCUAUGAGGAGGAGGCAUUAGUGCAGGGUGGUGUGGAUCUGACAGACACACAGCAGAGCUGUAACAGAGGAAACCUCAGGGUGAAACCAACAGCUGGGACUGCGCUCCUCUGGUACAACCAUCUCUCUGAUGGCAAAGGUUGGAUGGGUGAGGUGGAUGAAUACUCCCUCCAUGGGGACUGCCCUGUGACCCGAGGGGUGAAGUGGGUAGCCAACAGCUGGGUAAACGUGGACCCGGACCACCAGCGCCAAGCCCGCUACCAGAGACUGGUGACCCACAGACAGGAGGGCGAGCCGGGCAGAGAGGAGCGGGAACCCCCCCCCCCUCACAGCAACCACCACCAGGACCUGUAGUACUGUAGAACACACUGUGGGGAGAUGCACACGUUCCUUUAAGCACACGGGCAAAUCACAAUUUCCGCUUAGUCAUGUUGUGAAAAUUUGACUUAAAUGGCAGUUAGGAUUUGCCCCUCAGAAUAUCUGAAAAGACAAAGUACCUGUGUAAUUAAUUGAAUUCAAAACCCAGUUCUAAUUACACAUGCAGACAUUUUAGUUGCAUUGGUCUGUUUUUCAGUCAGUUAUGGUUCUGAGGUAUCCAUUCUAGUUUUAAAUGUAGUAUUCACAGCAAAUUGAGCCAAAUUAGAAUAUAAUCAGAUGACCCAUCUAUCUAUGUCUUCCUGACAGGCAGAUUUGAUGUGGGAUUGUAUCUGUAUAGUUAUGUCUGUUUCUUUCAUGAGUGAUGUGAUGUUCUGAAACUAUUUGUCAACAGAGUUGGGAUGAUGGGGGUGCUAGUGGGCUCGAGGAAGCCCAAUAACCAGCCAGGCCCCUGGACCUCAAGCAUUAGAUAUUUACGUUGGCCCAGCCCAAUGUCUUUAGGGAACCAAGAGUCCAUGUGUAACCAGUGUGUCUGUGCUGCUAACAGCCUCACUUCCUCCACUGACCCUUUCCUCUUCCUGGGCGUGAACCAGUGGUCCACUGAUUCCAAACCUGCCUGCUUGACGUACAAACCAGUUGCGCCACAGAAAAGGAUUAAAUUUAAUGGCCCCAUUUCAAGCUGUGGAUGAUUUUAUCCAGUACAAUUUGAAUCCUGUUUCUAUGUUACAGUUCUUGUCUGGUGGUUGUGUUAGGAUGGUGAAGAACCACUCAUUCUCAAACGAGCUGUCCUUUCAUACAACUCCUUGUUAAAGAUGGAACCCGCAUUAGGGGAAACAGCACCACUGUCCGUCCCCAGCACCUUUUGUUUGAGUUUGGACAAAACGGAGGUGAGGUGCGUUGAGCAGUGUGGUUAAAGACACUAAAACCUGCAGCACAUAUCCUGCUGUUAUAUCAAUGAUGUUUGAGAGGGAGAAAAACGGUGAGAUUUACAGUAACUUCUUUGUUGUUGUAAUAAUAGUUAUUUUUCAAAGUCUUCUUGAUUCAGGAUUCAGAUAAAUGUGUUUAUUUAUUUGUUGUAUUUGAUUAUUUAUUAUCUAUGUUAUUAUUAUUUAUUAACUUAAUAAGGUGAUUGAUGAAUGUAUCAUUAUUACUUGACUGGUUGAUGUUGCAUUGAGUCUAUUACAGUUGUUGUUCACUGUAUACAUACAAUAAGUCAUGGAAAACAAUACAAUUUGUAUGUUUUUUUCUGUA